UUGUGCUUGACAGUCUACACAAAAACCACUCAGCCAUAAAACAGUCGCUGGAAUCAGAAAUCAUGUCAAUAUUUUGCCUAUUAAUAAUCUGUGGCUUUGCAGCCGCAGAGCGUCCCAUUAACCCGGCAGAGUUCCCCAAAACUACGAAACUCAUCACAGAUCUAGCCGGAGUUGCUGGACAAUCCUCUGCCUUACAUAUAUGCGUCAACAAAGUGGACACUCCUCUAGACAAGACCAUCCAUUUUGGCGAUCAAGUGGUUCAAAUUAGCGACAAGAUGAAGAAGAUAGAGCAGAGGACGGAAGUGACGAUAGAUAUCAUGAAUACUGUGAUGUUGAUACCUUACGUGGGACAGGCAGCGUCCAUCGUCCUUCACCCAGCGGUGGCCGUCCUUAAUACUAUCAAGUCUGGGAUAGCGAAGGUCGAGCCGAUUGUUGCCGGGUUUGCCAAUAAGCUACAUACAUGGACUGCUCCUCUCCAGACGGUACAACACAAAAUUGACUGGGUGACGGCUAAAAUUGGCGCAUUUACCAACAUUGUGUCCACCAUUGAUGCCAAAGCAAUGGCGGCGGAAGGAUGUGCCAACUCACUUCCGGUUGGCAGAACAAAAGUGAUCCACGCGCUGGAAGGUGUUUCCGGCAAAUUAGAUAUCAUUCCGCAUGGAUUCAGCCACCUACUGGGAGAAGUUAACAAGGGCUGCCAAAAAGUGCAAGGUGUCCUCGGGAAACUCCACCUACUGCGCAGACGCAGAGGAUUACCAAGUCUCAGCAAAGUGAACCACGUUUUGGACGCCAUUUUGUCGGCAUUUGGACCGCUGGGGCACUUUUUGGAUGAGGUCGACCACGUGCUGCACAAAAAGUUCUGUCUGCUUAAAAGCCUUGAGGAAUUAGUUAAAGCCGGUGUGAAAAUUGGAAAGGAAGUGGCUAAAGGUGCAGAGCACAUCGGAAAAGAAGUGAUCAAGGGAGCUAAGCACAUCGUUGAUGAGGCCGGCCAUGUGUGGGUGGAGGUAGACAAAGCCGCUGAGCAUGUCAUUCACGAGGUAGGACACGGCAUCGAGCACGCUGGCAAGGAAAUCAUUAAAGGCGCCGAACAUGUUGUUCACGAAGUUGGUAAAGGCGCCGAACACGUUGGUCACGAGGUUGUAAAAGGCGUCGAACACGUUGGUCACGAGAUUAGCAAAGGUGUCCACCACAUUGGUCACGUGCUUCAUCACAUCUUCGGUCGACGGGAGCUGGAAGAGAACCUGUACCUCGUCGACGGAAACCUGUACUUACUGGUAAAUGGAAGUAUGAAUACGCGCACGCGCAGAGGCAUCGAUGUUUGCGUGAGUCUAAGCGACAUUCUCAAGGGAGUGAACGCGAUCACGGGAGGUCUGAUUGGUAAAGCUGAGGGUCUUAUUGACAAACUUUUCCACGGGAAAAGUCCAUUCCACAUUCCAGGUCUCUCCACCGACGUCCUGCACAUUGGAUCCCUUUUCCACAACCUGAACUUUGCAUCGAUCCUUCCCAGCGCUAAAGACCUUCUCAAGUUGCCGCAGUUAAACAUGGAGAAUAUCCUUAAGCUAAAUGUGAAGCUGUUUGAUCAGAUGUUACCGCAGUGUGCCGCGACAUUUGCUAAAGUCCACUUUGGAUAAAAAGUAAAGUCUGGCAUCAGCGGAUCGAUGCUGUUGUUGUGUCCUCGCAAUGCUUUCGCUGAAGAAAUGAAUCAUUCUUGAGGAAGACACGCAAAAUGUAUUACAAGCAUUUACUAACACCA